UCUUCUCAUAAAAAACAGAAAACAAAGGCAGAGAAACACUCCAACGCAAAAAGCAGUGAAACUCGCAAACAUAAGGGAAGAGAAUGUUUAUGUCGUUGAGUCAGAUGGUUGAAGAGAUGGCCAAUAUGCACCAAUCUUUCAAUGAAGAAAGAAUGAAGAUGCAGCAGGUUGAACGUGAUUAUUAUAGCGGAAUUGUGGAAGAGGUGAAAAAUCUGACAGAUGAAGUGGAGGGUAAGAAGAGGAAACUUGAAUGCUGGAGCAAAGAAUUAGACGAACGUCAAGCAUUAACUGAAUUUGACAGACAAAAACUUGAUGAAGAGAAGAAAAUCAAGAAAAUGAAUGAUGAAAGAAACGGUUCUCUUUUGUUGGCAUCGCUGGAGCAGUUUCAAAAGGCUCUAGAGAAUAUGUCAAGGCUAGUUGAAAAGCAAAAGAAUGAUGUGAGAAACAAUUCACCUCAGUUGGCAUCCGUGGAGCAGAAAAAGGCUGAUGAGAAUGUCUUAAGGAUGGUUGAAGAGCAAAAGAGGGAGAAAGAAGCGGCUCUACAUAAGAUACUUCAGUUGGAAAAGGAGUUGGAUGCCAAACAGAAGUUGGAAUUGGAAAUUAAAAGCUUAAAAGCGAAAAUUCAGAUGAUGAAGCAUCUCGGUAAUGCUAAUAAUGCAGAUCUUCAAAAGAAGUUGGAGGUGAUGACUGCUGAACUGGGGCAGAAAGAUGAAGAUUUGGCUUAUGUGGAAUCUCUGAAUCAAACUCUUAUCAUGAAAGAGCGUCAGAUCAAUGAUGAGCUACAAGAAGGGCGUAAAGAAUUAAUUCAGGUUUUGAAAGAUACGUUGUCCUCAACUGUUAGGACUACUAUUGGAAUAAAGAGAAUGGGAGAAAUUGAUGAAAAGCCAUUCCUUAAUACAUUCAAGCAAAGAUUUCCACCUGAGGAAGCUCAGCUUCAGGCCAGUACUCAAUGCAGCUUGUGGCAGCAGUAUUUGAAUAAUCCAGAGUGGCAUCCAUUCAAAAUCAUCUAUUAUGCUGAAGGGAAUUCUGAGAUCCAGGAAAUAGUAGAUGAAGAAGAUGAGAGGCUACAAAAUCUCAAGCUGGAGUUGGGGGACGACAUAUACAUGGCAGUUGUUACUGCUUUGAAGGAGUUAAAUGAGUAUAAUCCAAGCGGGAGAUAUGUGAUUCCUGAGCUCUGGAAUUUCAAAGAAGAAAGGAAAGCCACGUUGAAGGAGGUGAUUGCUUAUAUUGUGAAGAAUAUCAAGACCCUUAAGCGCAAGAGAUGAAGAGAAGUUGACUGCUAAGGGGUGCCUGUGGAAGAAAUGGAAGGUCUUUUACAGCAAAGAGGUUUCUUAAGAGUUAGAUUUUUUUUGGCUAGUCGCUCCAUCAAGAUUAUGCAUGCCAAAGAAUAAAGUUGCUAGAAUUGUAUUCGUGUUCCCUUAUGAAUUGUGAACCUAAUUUUGAGUACAAAAAUCUAUUUAAAUUUCUGAAUAUCUUUCAGAUUGCAAA